AAGAGCAAAGCCAAACAAACUGCUAAGAAUCUAAGCAUGGCGCGGGUGCUGUACAUGGGUUUACCUUUCCCCGCAGAACCCCAGAAAACUGCAUCUUCUUCUUCUUCUUCUUCUCCCUCGAAGCCAUUGAAGCUUCCCCAUAGAACCUGCAGCACCAACAUAUCCAUUCCCAGCACUGCCAAAGGCGGUGGCAAUCGUUUGCUGAAAACCCAGAAGCUGAAUUCAGAGGUUUCUCCUCACAGAGCUGUGUCAGCGGUGAGAUUGAUGCGGAUUGAGCUUGGUGGUGCUUUUGCUGACCUUCUCAACGAGAAAGGGAAAGGUUCUGGUGAAAACGAGAUGGGAUAUGUUCAAAGAACGCUUGGCUUUCGCACUCGGGAAUUGAAUCACCAUGAUCUUAGAUUGGUCACAGACAUUGUUGGGGGUACGAUUCGCUGGAGAAGAUAUCUUGAUCAUCUUAUCAGUUCACUAUGUCAUGAUAAAGAUAUAUCUAGCAUGGAACCUCUUCUCUUACAGAUUCUACGAAUUGGCUUCUAUGAGAUUGUCAAAUUAGAUAUGCCACCUUAUGCUGUCGUUGAUGAGAACGUGAAGCUUGCUAAAUUUGCUCUCAGACCUGGGGCUGGCAACAUGGUCAAUGGAAUUCUCCGAAAGCUAGUUGUGCUGAAGGAGAAGGAAAGUCUUCCUUUGCCCAAAGUGGAGGGUGAUGACCGUGCUCAAGCACGUGCUUUGGCAACUCUGUACUCACAUCCAGUUUGGAUGGUAAGGAGAUGGACAAAGUAUCUUGGCCAGGAAGAAGCCAUUAAAUUGAUGAUAUGGAACAACAGUGAACCCAGUUUCAGCUUAAGAGCAAACCGUGCAAGAGGUUUUUCAAGAGAUGACCUUGUGACACAGCUUAAUGCAUUGAAGGUCCCACACAAACUUUCACCGCAUUUGGAUGAAUUUGUUCGUAUCAAAACUGGGUUGCAGAUUAUUAUUCAAGCUGGUCUUCUCAAAAAGGGUUUAUGUUCAGUUCAGGAUGAGAGUGCAGGUCUGGUAGUUUCUGUUGUGGAUCCUCAACCUGGUGAAACUAUCAUUGAUUGUUGUGCUGCUCCUGGUGGAAAGACCCUCUACAUGGCCUCUCAUUUAAGUGGCCAAGGUAAGGUAUUUGCAAUUGAUGUAAAUAGUGGUAGGUUGAGAAUUCUUAAAGAGACAGCAAAGUUGCACCAAGUGGAUGGUGUCAUUACUGCCAUCCAUGCUGAUCUUCGUACAUUACCUGAUAGUGGACAGCUUAAGAGUAACAAAGUUUUGUUGGACGCUCCAUGCUCUGGACUUGGUGUUCUUUCCAAGAGAGCGGACUUGCGUUGGAACAAGAAUCUGGAGGAUAUGGAACAACUGAAGGAAUUACAGGAUGAGCUCCUGGAUGCAGCAUCCAAAUUGGUAAAACCUGGGGGAGUAUUAGUUUACAGUACAUGCUCCAUAGAUCCUGAAGAGAAUGGCGACAGGGUAGUGGCAUUUCUUGCAAGACAUUCGGAUUUCCACAUUGAUCCAGUAGACAGAUAUGUUCCUCCUGAUUUUGUGACAAGCAGUGGUUUCUUUUUCUCCAACCCAGUUAAACAUUCACUAGAUGGCUCCUUUGCAGCUCGUUUAGUACGUGAUUUAUAGAAUGAAUUUCCGGGAAGGAAUUCUCUGUGGCUCUAUCCCCAAUUACGUGACAUUCAAAUUCAAUGAAAAAUGAAGAGGCUGCUUAUGAGUUGCAUGCGGCUAUUCUGGUUCGUCUCUCCAAUUCAUCAUGCUUUGAAAUCAAGCAUUAACCCUCCGUGAGAUACUGCACUUACAGAGCAGACAUUCUGAUUACUCUCCAUAGAAAAGAUUUAUAUGAGAUUGUCAGCAAGUUCUAUUUCCCCAGGAACUUUGGAAGGAUGAUGAAAUGAUGACAUUAUAAUAAGCAAAGAUUCGAGUAGAUUAAACUGUAAAGUUCCGAAUGGAAUGUCCAAGCUUCUAAGAUUUCUCCAACUUAAUACAUAUUCUGAUGCAGCUUCAAGAAAUUCCUUUUAAGUGUAAUGUUCAGUAGCUGUUUACAGGGGAAUGCUGUUUUUUACUGUUAUGCUGCUAAUUACAAUACACGAUCAUUGAUGUUACUGGUUGCAAAUGUUGAAUAGGAAUAUAGAAACAUAUUGCUACAGUUUGUCUAUGACGAUUAGAUGAAUGGAAAUUCUAGGACCUUGAAUUUGAGAGUUAAUAGCUGA